AUGGCUCUUAAGGCAUUCCCAGAAUCUCUAGUGUUAUUAAGGCAUCAGCGAAUUGAGCUGGACGAAGACAACAACUCUCCUUCUACCAUUCAGUUCCGCAUGCGUUCAAACUCCAAGCACCAAGAAAUCAGGGUUCUGGAAUGGAUUAUCUAUGAUAUAAAAGAAAGGACUUGCGAAAUCUUGCUAAAAAAUGUCACUGACUGUAAGAAGAGGUGGUUUAUAGAUGUGGAGAUAGUGGCUAACGGCAACGGAUUUCCUUACGACAAACUUUGCAGAAACUGUUCUAGAGAGGUUUCUGAUGGCUGGACUGAUUACUGCCAGACUCGUCUUUAA